AUGUUAAUUAGUAUAGCGAAGGGAAGGGCCGAGUAUUUGGUGCGGACGGAUGUGUUUGAACACCCGUCCUAUGAGUUCAAAUUUGGCGAAAAUCUUCACUAUAUUAUGCUAUUGAUUAGGAACUACUCGUGCCAUAAGGUAGUGAAGCCAUGGUAUGACGAAAUUAAAGACUAUAAUUACGCCAAUUGGCGACAAUCGACGGGAAAGAUCGGACAUUUCACUCAAGUGGUGUGGAAGGCCUCCGACAAAGUGGGCUGCGCUCAGGUUUACAGUCAGAAUAGCAAACGCUUGUAUACCGUUUGCAACUAUAGUCCCGCCGGAAACUACAUCAACAGAUAUAAUGAUAAUGUUUUACUGCCUCUCAAUCGGACUCACAAUUAA